GGGGGUCCUCUCGACAUCCACAGACUUUUACGGUAGACCGUAGCCAUGGCGGCGGGCUCGGGCUGGUGGCUGCGCCCGGAGAUGGGGGUGCGCUUGCUGCUGGCCACCGUGCUUCAAGCGGUGGCUGCUCUUGGGGCAGAGCUUUCCUCAGAGGCCUGCCGGGAGCUGGGCUUCUCCAGCAACCUCCUGUGCAGCUCCUGCGACCUUCUGGGACAGUUCCACCUCCUGCAGCUGGAUCCUGUUUGCAGAGGCUGCUGCCAGGAAGAGGCACAGUUUGAAACCAAAAAGCUCUAUGCAGGAGCUAUUCUGGAAGUCUGCGGAUGAAAAUUGGGGAGGUUCCCGCAAGUCCAAGCUUUUGUCCGAAGUGAUAAACCCAAACUGUUUAGAGGACUACAAAUCAAGUAUGUCCGCGGUUCGGACCCUGUGCUGAAGCUUCUGGACGACAACGGGAACAUUGCCGAGGAGCUCAGCAUCCUCAAGUGGAACACAGACAGCGUGGAGGAGUUUCUGAGCGAAAAGUUGGAGCGCGUAUAAAUCUUCUUUACCUUUGUCCUGUCCUUUUGGAAUUUAGUCACAUGAACUAAGAGCACCUGGGAGAUGGAUGAGUUCUGCCCGUUCCCACGAAUCAGUCUUCUGCCGGGAGGCGUGAGGCACCUGCAUGGAAGGGAGGGAAAGAGGCACGGCUGUGACCCCUCAGGAGCCAGCAGGCUUAACGUCGCGCUUACAUCUGUCUGUCCUUCCGCACUUGUCACCACUAAUGGGAUGCCUUGUAAGAGGCUUUGGGUUACUUAUGCAGAUGACAGUUUGUGGUAAUUGUCCAGUUCCAUCAACAGCAGAGUCUAAAAUUAGGAGGUUAAUAAUGGAGGUGAUUGCUGUGUCUCUUGUGCUGCAUGCCAUUGACCAUAAUGACAGAGAAGUACGUGUAAGAUGUGCCGCGCCUCAACAAAUUGCCUGCCCCUCAGAGCCCCUCAUUUUGUAUUGCCCCACUUUCUUUUCAGUAGAAAUAUUUAUAGAUGUAAUGAAUGCAGUGCAUAACCUUCUGGCUUCAUUAUCGUAAAACAGACUCAAGAUGGGCAGUAAGAGUGGAACGGUCACAAAGAUUUGCAUUAAUGAAGACUACACAGAAAACCUUUGUUAAGGAUUUGUGUGGCCCUGAUGCUUAGCAAAUUUUUGUGUUUUCUAAUAUUCUUACAGAAAAAUCCCAUUUGAUAAUCAUUUGUAGGACCAAUAUAUAAAUAAAACCUUUGAAAAAUU